GGCUUUCUAUCGUUGAAUAAGGAGAGGAAGACAAGGUUGAAAUGUUUGGAGGCAAAAUAGCUCCAGCUCACUCUGUAGCCUACUGCUGGAAUGUUAAAAUACUGUAUAUAAAUGGAGACAAAAGUUGUCUCUGUCGUUGUGAAUGCAGUUCCCCCAUAUGGACAUGUUAUUGCGCAUGAAAAAUGGAAAGGCUCUGUUCUCGUGCAGAGUUUGAAGGGAAGUGUGAAAACUACUUUUGAGAAAGAACUGAGCGUUGUGGACUUCCACCUGUCCAAAAACAAUUGCAUCCUGUACGUUUCUGAGACUGACGUUGUAGCCGGAAACAGUUACAAAAGAAAGUUGGUUCGCUUCAGAAAUGCUAACAGUAGUCUGAAGGGGAUAGUCUUGGUGGAGAAGACUAUACUGAGCGAGCAGUACUUUGCUGCCAUACAGAAGUUUGUGGUGAUUGAGUUGGGCCUGAUACUGUUACCUGUUACCAACCAGGUGGAGGCAUCCCAACUCCUGACUCAGAUGGCAGUUGGGGAAAGUAAGGAGAACCCAUUCUGGCGGAGGAGUGUGUCUUACCUGUUGGACCCCCUGGUCAUGUCUCUGGUGCAGCAGAUACCUGGAGUAGGGAAGGUCAGAGCCAUGUCCCUGCUUCAGCACUUUUCCAGUAUCCAGCAGCUGUGCAACGCUGGCAUCCAUGAACUGGAUCCAAUAGUGGGCCAGGCUGCAGCCCAGCACGUGCACAGCUUCUUCCACCAGCAGGCCUGACAUCACAGCGGAUCACUAGUUACAUAUGUCAAUAAACUCUUGUACAAGAACCUGUUUUUUGUAUGUGAUCAAGCUAGAAGUGCAAGUGGUGAAUUUAAUAUACAUUUUAACUUGUCUUUUGACUGUGUUUACAUGAUAAUCUUUGUGUUGUUCUGGACUGUGGGCAUGGAGGGAAAGACAUUUAAAAAAAAAAGCAGAGGCCUGACCACUAGAUUGGGUAGAAGAUGAUGUUUACUCGUGCCUCUCACUGUGGACUUGCGUAGUCCGGAACAGUCUGGACUCAACCUGUGAGUUUCAUUACAACUGACAGUGAAAACAGACCAGAAACCAGAAGGAGAAUCGAUGUGCUGCUGUCACACUGAGUUCUAUAAAACCCAUUCCAUUAGCAAGGGAAUGGCUUCACUCUCAAUGAAUGAGCACUUUCCUGGCAGCCUGCUGAAAGCCCUGUUUCCUAACCACUCAGUCACCACCGCCUUUUAUACCCGGCUGUGUCAUGUGACCCGGCUGUGCCAUGUGACCUGGCUGGAGGGAGUUCUGCCUGGCAGGAAGUUCACUGGGACAUUCCAGUCCCUCUCCGACCAGCACAACAGGCGGUGCCAUUGGCAUGCUGCUGGCUUAACCAGGAAUUGACUACUCUGACUCCACAGGGGCAGUUGAAGCUAAUGGAAUCUUCCUCCUCCUCUCCCCCUCUACUUUGCUCAUUGAGACAAAUCGGGAGCUUCUGAAUUGACCGGAUGGGUACCAGGGCGCUGCUUGGAGUGCCCUUGUGUUGAUGUUUUGCACGUGUUGUUCUCGUGUCAGCAGCAAGACUGUUUUGUCGGUUUAUCCCUACAUUUUACCCCUUGCGAAGAUGUGUACUUUUGCUUUUCACCUUGAGCCAGGCAACAGAGAGAUCCUUGAUAAAUCCCCCCCCCCCCCUCUCUCUGUCUCUCCCCCCCCUCUCUCUCUCUGUCUCUCUCUCCCUCUCUCCACCUUCUCACCCAGAGCUGGUCCUCCGGUGAUGUAUUGGUUUUCUGCUCGGCUUCCUCCUUUAAGAGUUGCACACUGCUGGCAGUGUUUGGCUUUACUUCCUGCACACAAAACAGCUCCCGGUUUUACUGGCCUUCUAACAGGAUCAGCUGAAUCCAGGCCCUUUAUUGUGCAGCUGAAUCCAGGCCCUUUAUUGUGCAGCUUGUGGCGUUCGAGAGAGAGAAAGCCCCUGAUGGGGACCGCUCAACUUGACUUCUUAAAUUCCACACUGAGGUUCUUUAGAGGGGAAGGGAAGCAUGAAGGCUUUGGGAUGCAGGCACGGAGCUCUCUUUGGUGUCCCUCUGAACAGUUCAAAAGUGGGUUCUCACCAGGAGACGAAAGAGGUGCAUCAAUAUAACAUGACUGAGGCUUAUUUUAGAUGCCUGAGGGGGAGGAAAUGAAAGAAGCUUUGUGAAUAAAUGCGAUAUUUAACGCGUCCAUAUACUUUAUAUUAGUUAUAUUUCGAAACUUUAUUUUAAUGCAACGAAUUUGGGAACAUUUUGAAUUUGACCCAUGCUGGCAUGUCCAUUAGAAUUUAGAAUGUAUUCAAUUGUCGAUAACUUGGGUAGGCUUGUUUAAAAACGAGACUCUGUUAAGCAUAGCGUGACUCCCUUUAC